AUGAAGCUUUUUACAACUAUCAUCGCCAGCGCUGUUGCAACCCAUUACAGCUCGUCGAGCUCCUCCAGCUCCUCAAGCUCCUCAAGCUCCUCUAGCUCUAGCUCCUCCAGCUUCUACGACGGAGAAUGCGGUGGAAGAAUCACUGAUACCGAGACGAUCAUCUACUCUCCUGGCUUCGAUCGAGGCAUGUACUACGACUGGCUCAACUGCGUCUGGGACAUCGAUUUCGGAAACAUCCCUGGCUUCAACAUCGUCGCCAACACCUUUGAUGUCGAGGAACACUAUGUCUGCGGCUGGGAUUUCGUCAAAGUCGAAGCUAACGGUGAUGAAUUCCACUUUUGCGGAGAAGCCGCACGACGACGACGAUCUUCUAAAAAUAAGGAGGACGAAGAUGGCAAGACGUUUUACGACCUUGUCAACCCCAGCAACGACGGAUUUCCUGAUUUCUUCGUCAGCGGCGGUCAGGCCACCAUCACCUUUUUCACUGAUGAAACCGUCAAGCACGCCGGCUUCGAAUUCAGCUUUGAGCGAAUGAGCCGACUCCAAAUCAUCGAAAUGCACUUGAACCGAAUCUUUGAUUCUUACAACGGAGACGAAGACUACUUCCCCCGAUACCAGAAGCGAAUGACCAAGAUCCUCAACAAGAUGAAGCGAUCUGAGACCGAUGAUAGCUGCUACGCUGAAAACGGAUUCGAGGCCGAAGCUGAAGACAUCCAAGUCUUCGACGCCGACGACAUGUGCAAGCUCAACGGCCAAGUCAACGCUGCCAUCAACUCCUGGGCGCGAAACUGGGCUUGCGAGGGACGAGGCCGGGUCCACCGACAGAUCAUUCGAGCUGCUCGAAAGGUCCGAAACUUCUACAACGAUAAUUUGUGCUAA